AUGGCAAGUGCUCCAGAAACACUGGCUAUUUUUUGGAAUAACGAAGGAGAGACGGCCGCCAUCUUUGAAGAUCGAAAAGGACUAGAAAUGAGCUUAGAAAUGAGUCAGCACAAAACCUCCGCAGCGGUGAUGCUUGUGAGUGAAUGCGCCAAGAUUUGGCGGGAAAUCAACAUGGCGGACGAAGAAGAGCUUUACUUGGCAAAUCUUGAUGAGUUUGUGAAUGAUGAAGAAAAAAUUGUGAGUGAAUUGACUUGAAUUUAACAGUAAUAUUUAAUCCGAGUAUUAGUAAGAUUUAUAUUUAUGAUGAGUGAUAUUUUCUCCGGUUUUUUGUCUUUAGGUCACCUAUAAAUGGCUAAGUCGUACUUUGUCUGUGCCAGCUAACAAGGCAAAACAGUAAGCUAUCUCAAACGUGGGCGCCAAUUUACCACGGGCGUAGAGGGAGGUAAACGAGGUAAACAUUGUUGUGAAAUGCUUAAACAGAUUCCCUUUCUCUAAACUUUAAGUCUUCUAAAAGUCUAAUUAGUGACAGGGAAUCUGUUAAAGCAUUUCACAACAAUGUUUACCUCCCUGUUUACCACGUUUACCUGCCAGUCUACAAGUCUCACCCGCCCUCUACGCCCGAAGUACACAAUACAUGAGGAAAAAACGAAAUUAAUAACCUUUUUAAUUUUGCAAAAAAAAAAAAAGAAAAAGAAAGACAAGGAAAAAGGAAAAAAGAGAACUAAACAUAACCAAAUAAAGUGCUAGUCACUGACUUUUGUUUCAAUGAGGUUUAGGGGUGGGUUCGAAGGGGUAGUGGGGUGAGUUUGGGGAGAGGAGGGGUUGCUUGCCCAGUACUUGCAUAUGUAACAUGUAGAUGAUUAUAAUCCCCUUUAGGGUAUAUAUGAUUUUUUAAAAAUUCAAUGGCUGUUCUGAUGAGGAAGCAAAACUCAUAUGUAAUGCAGCAGAAGAAAGUCCUACAUGUUAGUGCGGGUUUUCAAAUCUGAAAUACGGUCCAUUAACCCUUUGACUCCUGAGUUUUUCUGUAAUAUUGCUUCAGUUUUGACAUACAUACACUAAAUAACAUCUCAAAAGUUCCCUUUGAGGUAAGAAUACCCAUAAUCGUACAUAUUUAGAAAGUAGACAUAUCAGGGUUUCAAAUUAUAUAUACAUGUAUUAAGUUAAUGUUUGCUGGGAGAGCUGUUUGCCUUUAGUGGUCUCUUACAGUUGACACUGUACAUCUUGUGGCCACCAAAGCACCCACUUCUUGACCACCAUACUGUGUAUCUGCAUGCUCAAGCUCUGAAUUGUUGUCCAUUUAAGGUGGCUCCCUAGGGUAUUUACUAAUAAUCCGAGCUAUCAAGCAUACGUUACAGAAGGAAAUCUAGUUACUUUGUCUUUGCGAUUUUGUUCACGAGAUUCACCGCUAAGGUUACCCAUAUAAGAAGGCUCCUUUAUCAAGUUUCAUUUUCUAUAUUAAGGCCGUUGCCAUGGAAACAUCGCAUCCUUAAAGAGGCAGUAAUUUUGUCAUUUUUGCCCAUUUUUCCUUGAUAGUUCUAGUUUCCCGCGGUGAAAUGUCUUUAAACUUUGCCACUUCAUAUUAACGAUAUUGCUUAACAUUUUAAAGUGGAAAAAACAUGGGGUCGUUAAGACGGUUUUGCCAAUAUUUUGAAAUUUGUAAUUUUUCUUAAUAGAGGAGUUUAGCUCUUACAGAUUUUGACAAAAAAAUGACAUUACAAAGGUAACACCACUGUUAAGAAAUGAGGCGAUUUUAAAAAUAAUUUACCAAGGAAACGCGAAAAUUCACGGUUAAUUAACUGCGCUGACGUCACAAAAAUCCGAAAAAAAAACGCGUGGUUCGGGUCGUGUGAGCAAAAUACACGCCACGAGCCGUCACGCCCGCAUCGCAUGAUGCAUAAAGCUACUGAAAACAUGUGGUUUCUUUGAAGAGUACGAAAGCCAUUUUUUUUUGAAGCCGUUUAUCAGUAUCAUUACGGUGAUAUCUCCCCAGUUGAAAAAGGAGGGAUAGCGGUUCAAUUUUAUACCUAACACAGGAUGUUUUCUUCGAAGUACUUGACUAUUGUAGCUAAAAUUCGAAGCGUGGUGGUCACUCGUGAGGAUGGCGAUCGUCGGCGAUGAAGACGGUGGUUGUGCAAGGAUCGCAACAAGCCCUUCAUUUCCUAAUCUGCUGUACACUGUUUGCCGAUCUUCAAAUGUUAGCCCACUUCCGGAUACUUUUUCAACCUUGUUAUUCCUUAGGGAUAAUUUCGACGGCGAAGUUUUUCUUUUAAAGUCUGCUGUAAAAGAUGGCGCCGAUCUAUAUUUAAUCGUAUAUCAUGUCUUCAGCUACAUGUACAAGACCGUAGGUCUUGACGGACAACUAUAGCUUUCGUCAAGGGUCAAUCUGUGAGUAAAAAUUAUUUCUCGUUGUGCAAAAACAUUGUCCAUUUACUUCGACUAUUUAACGUUUGUCUUCUUUUGAAGCGAAAGAAUUGAUGUCUUUGGAAAAUUUCUGCUUUGUUUUUACAUACAAUUUACUCUUUUGAGGAUCGAUAUUGACUUGUAACAAGUGUAACAUUGUCUCCUCUCAUAAAUGUUUGACCUACACUAAUCAAACUUUUUGCACAAUGAGUUUCAAUAGAAAGUUAAUAAAGUUUUUUUGGGGGAAUAUUUCAAAACUGAGAGGCCAUGUUUGUUUUAAUUUUUGCGUGGACGUCGCGCGGAUUUUAAAGCUCGCGCCAUAGUAGUGCUCAGGCUGCGCACGGCCAAUUUACUCUAGGGAGCCACCUUAAUCGGACUAAUCUUCACCUAACCUGAAUCAUCGCUAAAAUCCGAUGCUUCGAAUAUAGGUCAAUCAACCCCAUUCUUGUCUAACAUCGAUUUUAAAGGUUAUCAUUAGCACAGUGAGGAAAUAUUGCCAAAAAGUUAGUCCAAAAUGGCGAAAAACCGAUUGAAAUUGAAUCAUACAAUAAAUAACUUCAUAUAAGUUACAUAAAGUGUCAUUUGAUAAAAUAUGGAGCCUUUUGGGGUCUUUUUUGGGACAAAAUGUACAUCUUAUUUGGAAGCGCACGGAAAAGCACGCUCAGGAGUCAAAGGGUUAACAAAUCACCCUGUGACCAGGCUCUGAUGCAGCAGCAGAUUGGUUAUUAAGUGAUGGUUGAUAUAAAAUGUUUGAUUUCAGGAUAAAUACCACAGCUGUGAAGUGACAAAUUUUCAUUUCACAGCUGUGGUAUGUAUUGUAUUACUAGUAUUAUUAUGUGGGAAGGAUGCAUUUAAAGCAGAUUCCCAAAUAGCCCUUAAAAUAAACAUUGAACCACAACAUCUACCAGUCAAAAUACUUUCCAUCUUGGAUAUAGCUAACUUAGUCCUUUCCUUGUGUCCGCAGAAUGCUUUAUGCCUUCGUACAGAAGCAAAAGUCACGAAACUCUUCUCAACUCACCAUUACAUACAUUGUUGGUGGAAGAUGUUUACUGGAUGGAGAUACAGUAAGCUGUAUUCCUUGUUAAUCUCAGUAGUGAUGGUAUGAUAAAAAAGAAGUGAAAAAUAAGAGGGAAAGAGAACAAUACUAUGAUAUUUUUAGCUGAACGUUGACAACCCGCCUCUUUGUAUUAGGGCACAGUUAGAUCAGAAUGAGGCUUCAACAUGAAAGCUUCUAAAUAUACUUGAUCACAUUGUGGUUAACUACAUUUUGUUAUACUGUAGGUUCAACGCUAUGUCAUAACCCAAGAUAAAGAUCUUGAAGGUAUAUUAUAAGCAAACCAUCAGUCUCCGUGCUCAGUUAUUUCCAUUAUCAAAAUGCAUGUAUUUAUAAAGCAUACUCGAGGUAAACUGUUAUAUAUUUUCUUAUUUCAGAGACUAAAAAGACGUUCUCUCCCGUGACGUCUUUACACAUUUACAGUGUGCAAAAAUGUAGAUUAAAAGUAAGAUGUAUUCUGUGUCUUUACUUCUACAAAGAAUAAUGGGCAGCUUAUACAAUAUGGGUAAUCCUUACUGCUGUCAAAUAAGUUUUUUGGGGGGUCAGGUGAGGAAUGCAUAAAGGGGUGGUGGUAGUAGGAGUAGGGGGGGUAUAUGAUUGAAACUAGUUGAUGGCCCAGCCAUUUUUAGGAGUUAGGAGGAAAUACCAGACUUUUAGUUGCCCUUGGGGAUUCCCCAAUCAGAAGGAUGGGUUCUUGAAAAACAAAAACUCAAAAGGGGUACGACAAUCUCAUUUUGUGGGUGUGGCUUACAUGGUUCUAAAACAACAAAUUAACCAAUAUGGAUAGAUUUAAUUAUGAUAAAUGUGCUUCAUUUGAGGAGUAGUACAGUAGUUCUUCCAGACCUCUAUUUUUGUUGGAUUAAAUAAGCAGUAGUGUCUUUUGUUUUUAGGGCUAAGGGUAUUGUUUGUGUUGAAUCAUCUAUUGUUUUGUUCUCCAAUCACAGACAAUGUCUGGAGAGCCACUGACCUUCUCCAUUUGAGGAGCAAUUUUUUUUUCUUUGAGUCAACAAAAAGUAACUACCAGGUUACAGAAUACCUUAACACCUAAAGUAACACCUGAAAGGUACAAAAAGCACAUCUACCAAUUUUAUAGUGUAGAGAAGUUGCACUCAUGGGUAAUUCAUUAAUUGUGUGUUAUUUCUAGGAUUCCAAUUCAUUAUUCACAGUUGACUAUGACAUACAACAGCAGCAUAUUACUGAGGACAACAGGUUUGUUAUCUACACAGAUCAUGAGUUUGAUUUAAACAAACGACCUUUGAUGGCUUAAUUCCUGUGUCGAUAUUGCAUGGUUGCUUAGUAACGCUAGGACAAGACAAUUCCUAACGGUAGACAUGACUAAGCAGUGGAGUAAUCAUUUAUUAAUGAUCGUUAAUUAACUAGUUACGGAGGUGUCAAACGUCUUAUAUAAACGAGCGCACAUUCUUAACCGGUCAUCUUUUGUUGGAUCCGGAGGCGACGCGUAACCUCUUGUCUUCACGUUCGUCGCUCCAAGCUCUUUUCGUAAUGUCACUCUCAGCCGGCGCACGUCCAAAGCGCGCUCCCAAACCAGCGUACGAUCCGGUUUCCUCUACGAUCUUCCCUCACACUCGUUGUUUUCAGAGGCUCUAGAAGUAGAGGACGAUGCCGACAACAUACCGAAAACAAAGCAGCGAAAGCAGAAGUCCUUCAAAUCCAAAUCACCCACGGUUCCUGACCCUUCGCCGCCGGCAACCUCUUCAGUGGAUUCAGGAAACACGCUCACUUUUGAGCAACAAAUUCAACUUGUCCAGCUCCAGAAAGACAAGCUCGAACUGGAGUUGCAAGUUCUUCUCUGAGCUCUCGAACGCCCCCCCAGAAAACACGCGGGCGGUUUCGCCCGGCGAUGUUACAGAGCCAACCUCCCAACGACGCACUAAAGACCCAUCGACUGGCCUCACGACUUAGUGCCCAGUGUUCAAGGCGAGUAUGAAAAGUUAAAUCUUGCAGAGUUUGUAGCCGGCUUUUUAGUCAUGAUAAAAACGUAUGAGUCGCAGCUGAAGGAGGCGUUCCUGGUCCACCUCGAAUUACUCAUGAUUAAAUCCAUCAGUUACUCCUGGUCCAGCGUGCGGGCUUUUCAUAAGUUCGUUCGCGAAACAAGUGGAGCAGCGCCCGUUUGGAAUGGCAAGAUUCCAAGGCUAUCAAUGAUCAGGCCCACGACCUUUUUUCGCCAUUCGGAUCUUCGCUCUUCCUCCUCGCAACACGAGAUCGCGCGCAAGUUUCGCAACCGAAUUCUUGGCAUUCUGGCAAUAGCACACCUUCAAAUCAGCAGGCAGGCAAACCCGGUCUAAAGGCAUGUAGAGCGUGGAAUUACACUGGUACUUGUGAUUGCGACAAACAGGACAGUGCAGCCUAUAGCGAACACCAUCGUUGUCGGGUCUGCAAAGCGGAUCAUCCGAUGUUACACUGUCCGGCGCCGCACACCAAUUCCGGCACAGUGACAAUCAGCUUUACAAGUUCCCAACACAUUAACCUCUUCGACCGGAACGGACACGGACCGCGAAUCUUUCAACACCGCAGCUGUGGUGCGUUAUUUACGUGCCUCGCGUUAUCCUCAACCAAAUGCUUUCGGCGCUAAGGUUUUAGUUCCAUCUUCGCUUUUGCUGGCAACGUGGAGAACCUCGCUUGCUGAUUAUCAUGAUAACAUUGUGGUUGAUUUUCUUUCAUACGGUUGGCCCAUCAACUACACUGCCGCUACACGUCCUGUCUCAUCAUCUCAUAAUCAUCCGUCCGCUUCAAACUUUCACUCCCACGUGCAAACCUAUCUGGAUACCGAGCUGUCUUACAAUGCCAUCGCUGGUCCUUUCCUAAUCCUCCCUUCGCAGACGCCUUUGUGUGUUCUCCGCUUCAACGGUCCCUAAACGCGGCUCUUCGACUACUUAGAGUGGUUAUGGAUCUUAGCUUUCCCGAGGAUCUUCAGUGAAUGACGGUAUUCCGCCCGAUACAUAUUUAGGCGAACAGUUUAAGUUGCGUUUACCUGGAAUAGAUCGGCUUGUUGACUUUAUUCUCGCUAAAGGCCGUAACUGUCUCGUGUUUAAGAAAGACUUACGUCGCGCUUAUAGACAGUUUCCUGUUGAUCCUAAGGACUAUAGUCUGCUCGGGUUUUGUUACCAAGGACAGUUCUACUUUGAUACUCGUUGUCCCUUUGGCUUACGAUCGUCGGCACUGAUUUGUCAGCGCACAACCAAAGCCGUCGUUCACAUCUUUAACGGGCAGGGAUUUUCGGCGGAUGUCUAUUUGGAUGACUUUUACGGAGCCGAAUAUCCGUCUCUUGCUCCUCAGGCUUUUUCACAGCUUGGACAAUUAUUCCAGCAACUUGGCUUGGAUUCUUCUCCGGAAAAGGACACGCCACCUUCCACUUCGAUGAUUUGUCUUGGCAUUUCCGUUGAUACUGAAGCCUUCACUCUAGAGGUACCAGCCUCACGUCUGGAGGAUUUACGAGCUGAGCUUAUCAUCUGGAAACAAUCUUCAUCUUUUACUAAGAGACAACUUCAAUCGCUUCUGGGAAAGCUCUCUUUUUAUUCUGGCAUGUGUCAAGCCUGGGAGAAUCUUCAUGGCCAGACUUCUACAAUGUCUUCGCGAAUGCAACCAUCACGCUGCUAGUCAUCGGUACCCCAUUUCCGCCACUAUGCUCUUGGACAUCCAAUGGUGGUUUGAAUUCCUUCCACGCUAUCACCGCAUUUCACUUAUCAAACCUUCACUGUGGGAUUUCGCGGGCCUGAAUUUCUCCACCGAUGCUUGUCUUCAAGGGGGUGGUGCCACCUGCCAAACACAGUGUAUCAGUUUUGUUUUUCCUGAUUGCAUUUCUCUCCAAUCUCUUCACAUUAAUGCUCUGGAACUGUUCACUAUCGUUGUCGCUCUAAAACACUGGGCUCCUCAGUUACAAGGUCGAAAAUUCAUCGUGGCAUGUGAUAACUCCGCGGCUGUUACGGUCAUCUCAUCCAAUGCAUCAAAAGAUCCUUUUAUGCAGCGCUGCCCUCGCCAGUUAUGGUUCACCUCUGCUCUCUUUGACUUUGAAGUCCAUGGCGCUCCAUGUUCCUGGCAAACACAAUCAGUUUGCUGAUUGUCUUAGUCGCUGGCACUCCGAUCCUUCAGCUCGCGACAGCUUUUAUCGCUUUUGUAGUGACUUUAAUCAAGUUUUCUAUUUUCAAGAUGUUGACUCUGCUUGUUUUUCUUUCGAUGUUGCGUGACACUCUUUUUAUUUAGUUUUGUUUUUUCUCUUGUAGACCUCCCUCCGGGAUCAGGUCAGCAUUCCCGGUCAGAUGUUUCUAUCGUCACAUUGCAGUCUUUAGUCUCACGCCUCAUCUCCUGUGCACACGCAACAUCGACACAGAAGAAUAUAGCUGCUCAUAUUCGUAGUUAUCGGACUUUUUGUGACCUGAGGGCUCUUCAGUCCUUUCCUAUUAGUGUUAAAUCGAUUAGCUUGUAUGUAGCAUAUUUAGUCGGCGCGAAAACGGGCUUACGGUACCGUGCUUAACCAUAUUAGUAGUCUUAAACACGCUCAUCAACUUGCCGGGUCUGAACUCACUUGAGUUCGAUUACCGCUUUCAGCUUUUAUUACGAGGCGUAAGCGUUUUCUGGGUCGCGGCCGUUUCUCGUCAAUCGGCCAUGACACCUUCAAUUUUGCAUGCCGCGUUUGAUCUUUUCAAUUUUUCUUUACCGCUACAUGCGGCUAUGUGGGCUCUGUUUUUAGUUGCUUUCUUCACCUUUUUGCGUAAAUCCAAUCUAGUACUUUCGAUAAUCCGAGGCAAAUCUCCCCCAAGGUUAUCACGCUGGCAGAUUUGGUUUUCACGCCUUCGGGCGCAAAUAUCCAUGUUUCAGCCACGAAGACCAUUCAGUGUCAGCAACGCUCUCUUAUUUUGCCAAUUCCGUGAUUUCUGGCUCUCGCCUUUGUCCGAUUUCGGCUUUGCGACGCUAUUUCGCGCCAACCCGGGCCCGUGUCUGCCCCCUUUUUCAGUUUCCUCCGGGUCGGGUUUAGUACCAAUUACUUACAAGCAAUUUUGCGCUUUUCUUUUGCUGGUUAUGUCUCGCUCAAUUUCGACCCGUCCCUUUACUCUCCUCAUAGUUUUCGAAGGGUGGGGCGACUUUUCGCAUUUGAUUGCCAUAUUCCAUCCGAAAUAAUCAAACUGCAGGGAGACUGGAAGAGCGACGCUUAUCUUGUUUAUUUAGAAUUAUCUCAGACACAAAAACAGCAGGCAGCCAAGGCUAUGGCCUUAACGCUUCAGUCUAUGUUUUCCGACUAAGUUUUAUUAUCGACUUAUGCCUUAGUCUUCUUUCAACCCACUACCAACAUUCUCACUCUAGUUUGGGCACUUUGGCGUCUUGGUUUAUUGUCAAGCUAUCGGUCAGCUUUCUCCGCUUGGUUCAAUAAACUUAUUUUGCCCAAACUCUCGUGUCGUCUUGGUAACGUGGGUUGAUUGAGUAAUCAUUUAUUAAUGAUCGUUAAUUAACUAGUUACGGAGGUGUCAAACGUCUUAUAUAAACGAGCGCACAUUCUUAACCGGUCAUCUUUUGUUGGAUCCGGAGGCGACGCGUAACCUCUUGCCCACCUCUCCCUAAGCAGUGUACAGAGAUGUGUGUAAGCUGUCAUUAAAAAAGGUUUUGUUGUUUGUCUUUAUUCCAGGUGGAGCCAUAUUUGUUGUUCAGCUGCUAAGCGUCGAUCAGACGAUGGUGUCCACAGAGUUCCUCACGGUGUGAAUGGAGUAACAAAUAAUGAUAAGAAAAGCUCAGCUAGUAGAACAGUGAAUGGCGAAGUUGAAAGUCAUUCCUCUAAAGGUAGUUUACUUACGUGAAUAGGCAAACUGAUACUCUACGACAUUCUACAUUCAUGACAUGUAUAAGCUAAAGUUGAUAUAUUUUCAUCUUAGGGCCUUCCACUUCUAGAACAGAACAAAAAGCUAAGGUAAAGGUUUUUUGAGUUUAUUACAGUAAACGUUACUUAAUAUUGAGACAGAUUCAAGACUCUACAUUUUAAAGAUACACUUUGAUAUUUGCCCUGUAAAAUCACCACAGCUUGCAAUCAUUGAUUUUUCCCCUCCUUUUUGUAUUUCACGUACCAUCCAGAAAAGUAAGAUUUUUGUGCUCAUGACAAGUUGAAUAGAUAACCCUCACAAAGCCGAUUCAUUUAAUAGAAGCUGUAUGUGAUAAUUUCAUUAUUGUACUUCAGUCGUUUCCAUUUCCUUGCCCAUACUUUUUAAGGUAAAUGUCCCCAGUUUUUUUGAUAAUGUCAAGGCAUCAAGUUCCAAGUCAAAGAAAGGACAGAUCUCAGCUCUAGAGAUGUUUGCGGCAAAGCCAACAACUUCAAAAAAUGAGAAAAGUAACAUAAAGAAAGAGGAGGAUGUUCAAGGAGAUACAGAAGAAAAGGUGUGGAAAGUGGCUUACAAUUUUUGACUUUUGUUAAAGAUUGCGAAAUUUAAAAAAAACAUAAGUGGUUUUUUGAAAGUUUAACAAGAUAAUAUAUUGUAGGUCAGAGUAUUUUUGUGGAGUCAAGUUACGGAAUAUUUUAGGCUCUUCAUUGUAAAUGGAUUCUUUUUUUGAUAACUAUACAUGUUAGCUAUUGCUUUACUUGCAUUCAAUUCAGUCAAAAGCUGCUCAAACCAAGUCGGACAGCAGCAAAACAGGGAGUGUGAAGUCAUUUUUUGGACAAAGUUCAACAGGUAUGUCAUUUUUUGGUGUUUUGUAAUUUCUGGAUAAACAUCAUUGUUACUGAGAAAAACUGAACUUUUGUGUUAAUUUGGCAUACAUCUUUGACUUUUCAGUUAAAAAGACUUCAGAGAAACCAGCUCCUACUGGAAAAAGUAAUGCUUCUGAAGCCCCAAAGAAAAAUAAAACUGACUCUGAGAAACAGAGUCUAAAUGCUCAAAGUAAAAAUCAAAAGAAAAGGUAUGAAAGGUUAUGUCGUUUUUGUAAGGUGUGUUUGCAGCUGUUUUCAUUUUUUCUUUAUAACAAUAAAAAAAUAUUGUAUUAACAAAAAAUUUAUUGUUGCUAAUGUAACAUUUUUAUUGAUUUUAUAAAUUUUUUGGAGAGGAAAAACGUCAAGGAGAGGAGAGUAUUGUUUCAUCUUGGUCAGGCUUCUGUGGGCAAGAAUCUUUAUACUUAAAAUUCACAUUCAUGUUUUUGUGUGAAAUUUUUAAAUUUCUUUUUUCUUUCAUUUGCAGGGAAAUGUCUUCUGAUGAUGAGGAGGUAGGGGCAUGAUGAAUGUAUUUUCAUUUCAGUGUACUUUUGAAUUUCAUCUUGAGCAUUUGCUGCCUGUUGUUUUACAGGAACCAUUACCGCCAAAAAUUUCUAAAGCUGUCAAGGCUAACGUUAAAGGUUAGUGAUGACAUAAUGUUGCUAUUCACUGUUUGAGGGCAACAAGAGGAGUCCAAAAUCCUAACUCCAGGUUGCUAUCAUGCAUGCACGGCAUGUUUGUAACACUAUAGCAAGCUUCAUGUGGACUUCCUCUAAGAAUGAAUGGAUUACACAGAAUGCAAUCUGAUCACUCACAUUUGGACUUUCUAUCUUGUAAUCUGAUCCCAUGUGGUUUGACCAUCUAUCACAUGAAAUUUACAGAAAGCAGAGUGUUGGAGCAAAAGUGUUUUAACCUUUUAUUGUUGUUGCCUGCACUUCCUAACCUUUGGUUAUCACCAGUCUAAUUAUGUGAACCUCUUGGGAAUACAACUCAGUGUGUGGAGGGGUGGUGAGCUAAGAAAACAAACAUUUCAGGUACUGCUUGGAGUGGGGGGAGGGGAGGGGCACACACUAGUCACUGUUGGGGAUAUCCCUUGUCUGUGGGUGUGGUAGGAGCCUAGUAUCCUCUCAGUUCUGGGGAUGCCCUUUUUACCGAAACGGGGUGGGAAGACACGGGUCAAGUCACUUGUGAGGAUAUCCAAAAUGUCUUUAAAAUGAUAUGUACACCCUGCUGAAAGCUUCUUCCUUCUUUCCAUGUCCUUUUUACAGGGGUGGGGUGGGAAGAUAAGGGUCCAGUCACUGUUGAGGAUUUCCAAAAUGUCUGUAAAGUGACAUGUACAUGUACCUCCUGCAAGCUUCUACCCUCAUUCCCUGAAAAUGUCCUUUGUACAGGGGUGGGAUGGGAAGGCAAGGGUAAGUCCCUUUUGAGGAUAUCCGAAAUGUCUGUAAAACAUCAUGUACCUCCUGCUGCCUUUUUUUCCCUCCUUUCCUGGUCUGCUGAAAUGAAUUAUCCUUCUGACUACUCAUUUUUAUGCCUACAUUUUCAGAAAACGGAGAUUCAAAGGAAGCCAAGAAAAAGGUAAUGAAGGAAGUUGAUUUUAUUACCCUUGCCUACAUGUAUGUAUUCCACAGUUUGUUUUAUUCAGUUGCAUCCUAAAAUGUCAUAACUGCAUUUUUGCCAUUUUUUAUGAAACAGGCUCAGGAGAAAGAGCAGGAGGAAGGAAAGACCGAUCCUUUGAAAAGGUAAGAUUUGUAUGACUGUUUAUUGCAGUCUUGAGAAGAGUAAAGUGCCAGCAUAGAUUUUGGUCUUUUUAUUUGCAAAGAAAGAAAACCUGAGUACAUCCCAGAGCUAUGCACAGUGGUGAGAGCUCUCACCUCUCACCAACGUAGACCGCGUUCAAAUCCUGGCAUGGACGCUUCGUGUGGGUCGAGUUUGUUGUUGGUUCUCUCCUUUGCUCUCAGAGGUUUAUCUCUAAGUACUCCGUUUUCCCCUCUGGGCAAAAUUAACAUUUCCAAAUUCCAAUUUGACCAGGAAUCAGCUGGACGAAGAGCCACUAAGUGAAUGUUGCUACCUCUAUGUUGUUAUUUAUUAUUUAUUUAUUAUUAAUUUUUUAUGGGAUGUUAGUUUCAUGAAGGGAGUUUUACUAAACAAAUUUCUGCCAUCUGUUCUCUAUGUAUUCUUUUCUUGUUACAGUAAGUGAUUAAAUUUGCUGUUUCUUUUCAUAGCAAUAAAGCAAGAAAAAAGAAAGCUGUUAUAGCUGAGUCAGGUAAUGAAAUAGUUAUCUGAUUAAUAUUGAUAAUAAUUAUAGAUAAUUAUUAAAUUCAGUCCUCCUGUAAGCAGAUACCUGCUAAGACUUAAACAAGUCUCUUCUUAGGAGAGAUCUCCAUAAAAAGCAGGUUAUGCUGAGAAAACAGCCGACAUUUUGCGACGUCACCACAGGUUUCCCUGCAAAAUGACGCCUGAGAAACGAGCAAUCAAAUUCCAGAUUGAUGAUGCACCACUACCCAGAUCUGAUUGGUUGCUGUGCUGCUGAGUGGUUGAAAAUUUAACAUUUUGCAGGGAAACCAGUGGUGGCAUGGCAAAAUUUUGGCUUUUUUCUCAGGCUACUUUGUGAGCAAGGAUUAAUAAUUACAGCAUGUAUCCAAAGUGUUUUUAAUAAACUUGAACUUGAACUUGCUAAAAGCACGUUAGAAUAUAGUGUUUGUAAGUAAGUGGGACAGUGGCUAAGUGUCCUGAGAUUAGCACAGAAAAUUGAAACAAAAACUAUCUGUAAAGACACAUUUUACUUCCACUUUAGAUGAAGAAAUAGAAGAGAAGCCAAGAAAAAGAAGAAAGCGAAUGAAAGAACUUCCCAAUGAAGGUAGCAGUGAAGAUGGUAAGUUGGUUAUUGCAUUGGCCCAGUACUUGGCUAAUGCUGGCCUGAGGUUAGCUCAAUGAUGUUUUUAUUUUUACUUACAAUGAAUUCACAGUUCAGUAAAAAUAAAAAAUGCAGUGUUUACUUUGUUAUGAAUUUGUUUAUCUAGAAAAAGAGGAGAAAGUGACAAAUGCGGAAGCAAAUAAAGAGGUUUCUCCAGACCAAGAAUCCACUAAAAGUGAAAGCCCAUUACCUCAACAGGAGCAACAACAAACCGUAGAAAAAGACGCGAGUAGGCCCGCACGGAAGCGAAAAAAAGUGAUGAAAUCCAAAACCUUCAUGAACGAUGAAGGUUACAUGGGUAGGUUUCCUGUGUCGACUUGACUAGGCGACUCUUUUGGUAGACUGUGGACUAACAUUUUUCCGAGGACCGCGACGUCGGCGAAACUUCACUUAAAACAGCUAAAAGUGAAUUCGCACUCUUUCAAUCUUCAUUGCGAUUAUAACAACUUACUUUGUCAAGUAUAGGCGAAUUCUUCUGGAGAAUUCUUCUGGAAUUCUUAGUGAAAUUAGGCACUUUCACAUCGUAUUGUACUAAAAAGCGUGAUGCACGUGCAAAGUUGUUGUUUUACCAAUCUAAACCUAUUUCUCUUUUGACGUCUUCUUAGGGCCUGUUUACAUGGAGUGGGGUACCCCGGUCUAGUGGGGUUGGUUUCUUUUGUUUUCACGCUCUGGGGGACACAAAACAAAAGAAACUUACCCCACUAGGCCGGUGUCCCCCACUUCAUGUAAACAGGGUCUUAGUGUCCACAAUUAGCUUUUAGCUAAAUACCUUGACACUUUAAUAAAGUUUAUGUAUGUAUGUAUGUAUGUAUGUACGUUCGCGUGGCCGUCGCCGUCGUUGGAUCUUAAGGUCCCUAUUUUUUUUUCUUACAGUGACUGAGAAAGUUUGGGAAAGUGAGUCUACAGAUGCGAGUGAUGAUGAACCCCAAAUAAUUAUCAAACCACCCGUGUCUUACGAGAAACGGCCAUCACUGGUCAAGAAAACCGGCGCUAAGAAGACGCACAGUGACAUGAAAGGCAAAGGAGUGAAACAAUCCUCGCUGACAAGUUUCUUCAAAAAGUCUUAAUGAAUUGAUUGUAAAAAAUAUAUAUUAUACUUGCAAUUAUGUGGGCAUUUUUUGAACCCAAACGUGAAGCAUUUUUGCUUUUUUUGGUUCAUAGUUUACCAGAUUAUUAUUCCUUGACUAUAAAAUUACUUCAGCAGAUAACAUACAUGUACUCUUCUGGGCUUGGUUGUUUAAAGGAGUAUUAUGGUCACCCGUGUGACUUCAAAUCUGAACGCUUACAAGGCAAAUCCCUGAAAGGGUUAACCUCUAUUUAUUGAUAUAUGCCACAACAAGAAUAACUUACAUCCUUUUAAGAACAUCAGCAUGGAAAUUUCUUCAGACUGAAUGACAUGGAUUGAUCUUGAAACUGGUUAUUUUAAAUUCUUGAUUUAAACUUGUAAGUUAUGCAGAUACACCUAUUGCAUGUUUUUACGACAGUAACAACAAUUACUUAUGUAGAUAUUCCUAUAAGUGUUAAGAUAUCUUGACAGCCUUUCUAGCGUGCCUUCAGCCACUUGAAGCCCUGCAAAUACAUAGAACAGCUACUGAUUACAUCAUUCAUGUAUGUACUAAAACUAAUUUAAUUGCAUGCUAAAUAUAUAUAAGGUACAAGUGAUUAUCUUUCAGUUCGGCUCCAAGCACAUCUUGUCGCUUUCUUGGUAACCAACAAAGUUUCCUCAGAGGAUACCUUGCAAGUUUUAAAAUAUAUAUCAGAGAAGCAACCCCAGCUGGGUGUGUCGUGCUUAAACUCAAAGCGACAAAGGUGAACCCACUUACGUGCGUGUGAGCGCUGAAGACAAUUUGAUUCAUUCACUGCGUGAUUGAUCAGAAAUAUUGCUCUUAUAAGGUGGUUAGAUUAAAAAAAACACUUAUUGUUAAGUCUCUUGUUCAGUGUGAGAUGGUCAAGGAGUUUGAUUUGAUAGAGCAUACAAGCACUUCAGAACAGGCUUAUGCUAAACAAAAAGGUAUUACGCGAUGGACUCCUAUCUGCUUUCCUUUCGUCGCCUUUCGAUUUUUCCUCGUCACUUAUUGAAGCUUAGAGCGAAGAACAGGUUAAACUUGCUCCCUGAUACAGAUCGAUACAGGCACACUUCCGGUCCACAGGUGUGUCGGGCAUAAUCAUUGAUGAAUUCAAAACUCAGUUCAGUUAUUUAUUUAAACAAAACAAUAGUUGCUGAAUAAAGUAAAUACAGUUGAGAUGGGUUUGUUGAAGGCGGGAUGCCUCAGGCAGGAAAAGAUUUUUGUGACUGUAAUUUAUGAAACCAGUGUUAUCGGAACUUGAGGCUAUACUUACCUCACUUCUCACCAAUCUUGACAUCGUUCUCACGAAACUUCCUUCCAUGAGCUUUAUUUGGUGUUAGGAACUGUAGAUUCUCAAUGGAUCGUCGGUACUUUGCUGACUUUAUUAUGUCAUGCAAAUUAAAUCCACCCCGCCCUCCACCCCGUCGACCCUGCGAUUGAGCUUGGGAUACCAUAAGAGCAUAAAGGCAAAGAACGAAAAUAAAGACAGAGAAUUUCGGACCCAUGAUUAGUUCAGCUCUUAAAUGUUGCAGGAAAACAGUACCUAAUAAGCAAAUAAAAGACAUGACAUUUAGUUCAAAUUUAAAUUGAGAUUCACCAUAAAAGAUGACAUCAAUUACAGUCAUCGAACCUCCACUAAUGGCCACCUCUCUACAACAGCCACCUCUUUACAACGGCCACCUUUCUACAACGGCCACCUCUCUACAAUGGCCACCUUUCUACAAUGGCCACCUCUCUACAAUGGCCACCUUUCUACAACAGCCACCUUCUACAACGGCCAACUUUCUACAACGGCCACCUCUCUACAACAGCCUCCUCUCUACAACAGCCACCUCUCUAAAAUGGCCACCUCUCUACAAUGGCCACCUCUCUACAAUGGCCACCUCUCCACAACGGUCACCUUUCUACAACGGCCACCUCUCUACAAGAGCCACCUCUCUACAACGGCCACCUCUCUACAACGGCCACCUCUCUACAAGAGCCACCUCUCUACAACGGCCACCUCUCUACAACGGCCACCUCUCUACAAGAGCCACCUCUCUACAACGGCCACCUCUCUACCAGAGCCACCUCUCUACAACGGCCACCUUUCUACAACGGCCACCUCUCUACCAGAGCCACCUCUCUACAACGGCCACCUUUCUACAACGGCCACCUCUCUACAACGGCCUCCUCUCUACAACGGCCACCUCUCUAACAACGGCCACCUCUCUACAACGGCCACCUCUCUACAACGGCCACCUCUCUACAACCCACCUCUCAAGAGCCACCUCUCUACAACGGCCACCUUUUACUACAACGGCCACCUUUCACAACGCCACCUCUCUACAAGAGCCACCUCUCUACAACGGCCACCUCUCUACAACGGCCACCUCUCUACAAGAGCCACCUCUCUACAACGGCCACCUCUCUACAACGGCCACCUUUCUACAACGGCCUCCUCUACAACGGCCUCCUCUCUACAACGGCCUCCUCUCUACAACGGCCACCUCUCUACAACGAGCCACCUCUCUACAACGCCACCUCUCUACAAAGAGCCACCUCUCUACAACGGCCACCUUUCUACAACGGCCACCUCUCUACCAGAGCCACCUCUCUACAACGGCCACCUUUCUACAACGGCCACCUCUCUACAACGGCCUCCUCUCUACAACGGCCACCUCUCUACAACGGCCACCUCUCUACAACGGCCACCUCUCUACAACGGCCACCUCUCUACAACGGCCACCUCUCUACAAGAGCCACCUCUCUCUACACCACCUCUCUACAACGGCCACCUUUCUACAAAACCACCUCUCUACAAAACCACCUCUCUACAACGGCCACCUCUCUACAACGGCCACCUCUCUACAACGGCCUCCUCUCUACUUGGCAUUCUCACCUCUCUACAAAAAGCGGCCACCUCUCUACAAAGAGCCACCUCUACAAGCAGCCACCUCUCUACCAAGGCCACCUCUCUCUGUCUACCACCUUUCUACAAACGACCACCUCUCUACAACGGCCUCCUCUCUACAACGGCCACCUCUCUUCGGCCACCUCUCUACACUACGGCCACCCCUCUCUACAAGAGCCACCUCUCUACAACGGCCACCUUUCUACAACAGCCACCUCUCUACAACAGCCUCCUCUCUACAACCCACCUUUCUACAACGGCCACCUCUCUACAACGACCACCUCUCUCUCAACGGCCACCUCUCUACAACACGACCACCUCUCUACAACAGCCUCCUCUCUACAACGGCCACCUUUCUACAACGGCCACCUCUCUACAACGGCCACCUUUCUACAACGGCCACCUCUCUACAACGGCCACCUCUCUACAAACGGCCACCUCUCUACAACGCCACCUCUCUACAACGGCCACCUCUCUGUGGCCUCCUCUCUACAACGGACCACCUCUCUACAACGGCCACCUCUCUACAACAGCCUCCUUUCCACGACAGCCACCUCUCUACAACAGCCACCUUUCCAUGACAGCCACCUCUCUACAACAGCCUCCUCUCUACAACGGCCACCUUUCUACAAACAUUACCUCUCUACAACACCACCUCUCUACAACGGCCACCUCUCUACAACGGCCACCUCUCUACAACGGCCACCUCUCUACAACAGCCACCUCUCUACAACGGCCACCUCUCUACAACAGCCACCUCUCUACAACGGCCACCUCUCUACAACGGCCACCUCUCUACAACGGCCACCUCUCUACAACAGCCACCUCUCUACAACGGCCACCUCUCUACAACAGCCACCUCUCUACAACGGCCACCUUUCUACAACGGCCACCUCUCUACAACAGCCACCUCUCCACAACGGCCACCUCUCUACAACGGCCACCUCUCUACAACGGCCACCUUUCUACAACGGCCACCUCUCUACAACGGCCACCUCUCUACAACGGCCACCUUUCUACAACGGCCACCUCUCUACAACGGCCACCUUUCUACAACGGCCACCUCUCUACAACGGCUACUUUUUUUGUCUCGGCGGCCAGUAAAUACAUUAACUCUUUCUUAAACCUCUCUACAACGGCAACGGCCACUGAAACGUGUCCCCAGCUGUAACCUCUCGACAUCGGCUAGUUUUUUCAGCGACUGAUGAAAAAGUAAGGAAUGUUCACGAAAUUUGAUCCGUAAGGCGCGUUGAUGACUAAUCGCGGCAUCGUAUUUUGAUUGUGUUCCAUUUAUACUGCUACAGUAAGCAUAAAUUGACUACGAUACUUGUUCGUUUUGUCGCGUUAAUAUUUGGAUUUAAAACAUUCAAGUUUUUUGUGUAUCUUAUCUCUCUGUAUAUUAUUUAUGACUGGAUUUACAUUGUGGGAUGCAGUAAGCAUGAACUUAUCUGUACUCUCUAAAAGGAAUUUGUCACAAGAAAGCCCUAAUUCCCCAUAACGGCCAGCUCUCAACAGUGGCCACUUUUCUCUGUCCCCAAGAUGGCAGUUGUAGAGAGGUUGGACUGUAUUCUCCCUAUCAAACAUACUAUCCGUGUGAAAUAAAAGAGGCUUUUCCGCAUGGCUAAACAAGUUGAUCCUUCACUAACCUGCUACAAAUCAAACACAGACUUACUUAUGUUGGUGAUGAAUUGCCGAGAGGAUUCCAAUCGAACCAGGAGUUGACAGGUGUUCUUUAUCUCAGUUCUGAAGAACCACAGACUGGCAAAAAUCUCAAGGCCUUUUACAAAUUUAUUACUGAGUACGUGGACGUGACAGGCGUAAAUUGAGACAAGAGGGGGGUCUUUGAAAUGAUCAUCGCUUGAGUGUGCAUUCAGUUGACAGUAAUUUGGAAUGCAAAUUUGCCAGUACUUGAUUAUUUCGAAACAGUCUAUUUAUAAAAAAGGUGACUCAUCCCUUUCAAGAGUAAAUACCCUCAACUGCAUGCUACAUAGCCUGUGCCAGGCUCUCAGAUAGUAUACGUAGUGGGAACUUAUUAAAAGUGAAAUUAAGACGCGCACGACUUGGGAAAGGGGGCGGUGGCGGCGCGAAAAAUGGGAGAGAGCCGCCCUGUCUCUCCCCAGCCCCCGCGCGUUUUUCGCAUUUCUUAUUACUGAACGACUUUCCACCACUAUCUCGGAGCCUGGAACAGGCUACAUGCUACAGUACACUGAAUCAAACACAGAGUUACCUUUGUUGGUGUUCAGUCAGUACGUGAGGUGUCCAACUGAACUGUUUAUCUUCUUGGAAUGCAAAGCCACCUCAGAAGGGCGCAUUCCUAAUUAGGGGCCGACCAUUUGACUUUUAAAGGGGGGUGGGCUAUGGGUGAUUUUAAAAAAAAAAAUACACCCAGUCCUAAAAAUCUCUAGUGUUAUUUUCUUGUUACUUAGAAGAACAUACAAAACACUAAAUACCUAUACGGCCUCCUCUCUACAACGGCCACUUUUUUUGUCUCGGCGGCCAGUAAAUACAUUAACUCUUUCUUAAACCUCUCUACAACGGCAACGGCCACUGAAACGUGUCCCCAACUACCAAAAUAACCUCUCAACACCGGCUAGUUAGCUCAUGGAUGACGUAGUCAUGCCAUGGGCUUUUGGAGGCACUCGAAUGGCACUCGAUCACUCACUCACUCGAUUCUCAUUAAUUUAUUCAUUAAAGUCAGAUUAAACACGUUACUCCUACCUCCCUUACUUAGUAUUACUUUUUUUCCAAGUGCCUUUUUACCUAUAUGUUUGAAAUAUUCUAGAGGGUACUAGUAAGGCGAAUAUUUUUUUUUCCCGACACAUUAAUUAUAGAGAAGGGGUUUUGUAUAAAUAACAAUAUUUUAAAGAACACUGAUAAUAUCAUCCGCAAGAAAUGGACUUAGAAUUGUUAAAAGGACAUUGAAAUGAUUGAGCGUGGAUCAUUGUUGUAUAUUUGGAUAGCCUGCGUAGCAGGCGCUUGGAAGUAGCGGGCGAAAGAGAGAACGGGCGCGCGCGAGGGAGACACGCAAGGGGUGAGGGAGCGCCUGCACGGAAGGCCCCCGAAAAUCGUUUCAACUCGCACUCUGUGAGUGCGGAUAUUUUCAAUUGGUCGAGAGGCUCCCGAGGGAAAAAUUAACCGCGCGGGGCGAGAAAACUGUCAAUCAAUAGUACAUGGACAACGUAGUGAAGAUCUUGCAUUACACCACUGGGUCCUGAAACCACUAAAUUGUAUACAAUCGAAGUUCAGGUCUCGGAGGUCACUUCAAUCUGGUUUAAUGGGACUAUGUGGCUGUAAUGUCAAAGAAAAGUUGGAGUGUUCAAACGGCAUUCACGAUGGAAAGAAUUGACAUCGGAUACGCAUCAACAGAUGUGGCGAGAGACAAAAGAUUUGUCGAAUCGUUGCAAUGAAGGUCAGAGGAAAUAUUCUUUGCUCAGGAGAACUUGGCGGCUUGUGCUGUCGAUGGAAUGUAUACCAUCAAAACUUGGACACGAUUGAUGAAAUGAAACACUUACCAGGGGCAUGAACUUGAAAAAAACAUUUCACUAUAGUAUUAUUCGCCGUUCGAAGGCGACCUGAGGUCUGUUGUUUAUGGGGAGAGUUGAAAAAACUGACCCCCACUCCGCGGACUACCCACUGACCCCACUCCGCGGACUACUCUACGGACUACUCCGCGGACUACUCUACGGACUAGUCCGCGGACUACCCUGCGGACUACCCUAACUAAUCAACCAAAUUUACUUUCACGGAGAAAAGAGUUAGAAGAAGCGUACCUGCCUACAAGAUCACACUUGAUAAACAGCCGCCAUCUUGAUUUUCGCCAUUUUACUCGACCCAGCUCUCCUUUAGCUUCGCCCCAGUCUUCAUCGGCCACAAGUCAGAGCACGCCGCUCAGCAAUGGAUGACCGGUAAUUGUGUGUUGAAUAUUCAUCCCUUUUAAUUUGUUUCAAUUGUUUGCCUGAGAAAAUGCAAGGGGUGACAGGCCGCACAUCUAUACCGGCGUGAAACCUUGUGUAAACCUUUUAUAUUUUAGCUCUAACGAGCAUGUCCUUUAGGGAUUUUCCUUUCUUGUAGGAAAUGAUAGGUGGUUCUUUAAAAAUUUGGCGAAGUAACGGUUGGGUUUGUAUAAGAUUCCAGUUUUUCAUUAAAACUUCUUUUAAAGUAGACACUGAGGGCUGGUACUGUGUCACGAAAGGCAAUAUUUCUUUUUCCUCUUUGUUGUGUUUCAAGAGAGCAGACUCCCUCUCUGUGAACUUUAUAUCUGAUAGAAGGUUUUCUAUCAUAGUUUGUGGGUAGCCCUGUCAAUCAAGCGUAUUUUGAAAUUUGAAAUAUUUUCCUCAAACGUAGUUUUUGAGGAGUUUGUUCGUAGGAUUCUCAAGGCUUCUCCUUUGACAAAUCCUUUUUUAACACUCGGCGGGUGACAAGAGGUGAAAUGUGUGUACUGGAAGGUUUCCGUUUUUUUAAAAUGUGUCUUUACAUCAAGGAUAGAUUUUUCCUUGAAUCUUGUGCCUUUGUAUACAAUCGUGUCUAAAAACACAGUCUCAGUGUCAGAUAUUUCGGCCGUGAAUUUGAUAGUUGGGUGAUGUAAGUUCGCUUGCUCGAUGAAGGCUUCGAAGGUUUUAAAAAUUUUAAAAAUUAAAAAUUAUCAAGUGUGAUCUUGUAGGCAGGUACGCUUCUUCUAACUCUUUUCUCCGUGAAAGUAAAUUUGGUUGAUUAGUUAGGGUAGUCCGCAGGGUAGUCCGCGGACUAGUCCGUAGAGUAGUCCGCGGAGUAGUCCGUAGAGUAGUCCGCGGAGUGGGGUCAGUGGGUAGUCCGCGGAGUGGGGGUCAGUUUUUUCAACUCUCCCGUUGUUUAUGUCUCAUUACUGCAGUAGAAAACAUGUCGGUACAGUUUGUGUUCUGAGGUUUAGGUCCGCUUAGUAAGACAUGUCUGCUCCAAAAACGGCUGCCAGUUAGCGCAGUAAAAGCAAUAUGGUCAUUUUCCACGUACGCUGUGAUCGUUGGUGUCUGACCAGAACAAUAUUUUUAGUUUUUAUAAUACACAGCAUGCAUUCUUUAAAAGAUACCCAGUUUUUACUUUGUUAUUUCCUAUUUAUUUUGCCCAUGUUAAAAAACGAUUUAAAGCUGUGUGUUAACCAUCAGUUUAUUGCUCCAUCGCUCUAUAAUCAGAUAACCCAGCUGAUCUUUAUAACAGAUAUAUUUAGACCGAAGAUAAAAUGUACAACGCUUUUUGGCGGCUUGCUUUGUUUGUGCGAGGUCAGUCGUUUUCUGUCAAAACUUUUGACAGAUCAUGCAACGGCUGCCAAGUAAUUAGAGAAGGGGCGGGAAACGAUUUUCGGGGGCCUUCCGUGCAGGCGCUUCCUCUCCCCUCGCGUGUCUCCUUCUCGCGCGCCCGUUUUUUCUUGUGCCCACUACUUCCAAGCGCCUGCUACGCAGGCUAAUAUUUGGACGAAUUGUGCACAUUUGUUCCCGAUAUUGUACUUGAUAUGGUGAAGAUGCGAUCAACAGGAGUGUGAAAGAUCGAGAAAGAGCUAUUGCAGCCUGACGAUGGGAUUUCGUUCAGCGAAAAGCAAAUAAACCAAAGAGCCUUAUAAUCACUGCAAAAAAACUGUCCUCGAAUUGUUAAAGCGACAUUGAGGAGUAUUUAUUGAGGUUUAUUCAGUUAUUUGGACGAAUCCGUUAGACCAUUUGUCUUCGUAUGCAAACAGGGAAUGAAUUAAUGUUGUGUCAACUAGAAGCACAGGUUUUAGAACCAACAAGCGUUACGCUAUUUUGCUUGAAUUCUUAGGUGAUCUUUGCCUUAAAGUAGGCUUUUGUUUGUCGGUGAUUCUAUUUAGCAGUGCUAUUAAUGUAAUUUCUACGAGAAAUGCUGCGCUGGUAUAAACAAGUCUCUGGCAAAUGGCAAUCGGAUAGUUCGACUGCGUUUGAAUUACUUGGCUAGGUCAGAGCACGUACUGCUUUGAGAAACCAGCUCCUACUGGAAAAAGUAAUGCUUCUGAAGCCCCAAAGAAAAAUAAAACUGACUCUGAGAAACAGAGUCUAAAUGCUCAAAGUAAAAAUCAAAACAAAAGGUAUGAAAGGUUAUGUCGUUUUUGUAAGGUGUGUUUGCAGCUGUUUUCAUUUUUUAUAUAUAUAUAGUUUAUAAUAAUAUUAAAAAUAUUGUAUUAACAAAAAAUUAUUAUUGCUGAUGCCACAUUUUUAGCAAUUUUAUAAAUUUUUUGGAGAGGAAAAACGUCAAGGAGAGGAGAGAAGUGUUUUAUCUUGGUCAGGCUUCUGUGAACUAGAAUCUUUAUACUUAAAAUUCACAUUCAUGUUUUUGUGUGAAAUGUUUAAAUUUCUUUUUUCUUUCAUUUGCAGGGAAAUGUCCUCUGAUGAUGAGGAGGUAGGGAAAUGAUGAAUGUAUUUUCAUUUCAGUGUACUUUUGAAUUUCAUCUUGAGCAUUUGCUGCCUGUUGUUUUACAGGAACCAUUACCGCCAAAAAUUUCUAAAGCUGUCAAGGCUAACACUAAAGGUUAGUGACGACAUAAUGUUGCUAUUCAAUAUUUGCAGGCAACAAGAUGAUGGGAAGGUAAGGGUCCAGUCACUGUUGAGGAUUUCCAAAAUGUCUGUAAAGUGACAUGUACAUGUACCUCCUGCAAGCUUGUACCCUCUUUCAGGGGCACCCAACCAGGAUAUAGUUCAAAACCACGUAAUAUAGCAUUGUUGAACGUGUUUUAGUAUUUUAACAGUAGAUAUAGGCAUAUUUUUAUCCCCUAAAAACUUUUCAUCUGUUCGGAUUUCCUAGCUGAAAGUCUAGUGAUCCGAAAAAUUAUAGGGAUCAAAACUUACCUUCUCGAAAAUUUCAGCCAGGAAAAGGCUCCCGAAAAUUCUAGGUGGCCUUUUUUAGGGUAAAUAUCCGUUUAAAAUGGGUAAUUAUACCAUUUUGUAGAUGUUCGAAAAUCCUAGGAGAGGCAGGUAAGCAAGAAAUUUUACAACAAAUGUUCCGAAAAUUCUAGCUCUCAAAUCGUCUUCCGAACAGAUAUUUUCCCGAAAAUUGCCGUUGGGUGCCCCUGCUCUUUUCCUGGAAAUGUCCUUUGUACAGGGGUGGGGUGGGAAGACAAGGGUCAAAUCACCCUGGCUUUUGAGGAUAUCAGAAAUGUCUGUAAAACAUCAUGUACCUCCUGCUGCCUUUUUUUCCCUCCUUCCCUGGUCUGCUGAAAUGAAUUAUCCUUCUGACUACUCAUGUUUAUGCCUACAGUUUCAGAAAACGGAGAUUCAAAGGAAGCCAAGAAAAAGGUAACAAAGGAAGUUGAUUUUAUUACCCUUGCCUACAUUUAUGUAUUCUACAGUUUGUUUUGUUCAGUUGCAUCUCAAAAUGUUGUAACUGCAUUUGUGCCAUUUUUUAUCAAACAGGUUCAGAAGAAUGAGCAGGAGGAAGAAAAGACUGAUCCUUUGAAAAGGUGAAUCUCUGAAUAGAUAUGUAGCUUAUUAUUUGUGAUUUAUAUGACUGUUUAUUGCAGUCUUGAGAAGAGUAAAAUGCCGGCAUAGAUUCUGGUCUUUUUAUUUGCAAAGAAAGAAAACCUGAGUACAUCCCAGAGCUAUGCACAGUGGUGAGAGCCCCUGGCAUGGACGCUUCGUGUGGGUCGAGUUUGUUGUUGGUUCUCUCCUUUGCUCUCAGAGGUUUAUCUCUAGGUACUCCGUUUUCCCCUCUGGGCAAAAUUAACAUUUCCAAAUUCCAAUUUGACCAGGAAUCAGCUGGACGAAGAGCCACUAAGCGAAUGUUUCUACCUCUGUGUUGUUAUUUAUUAUUUAUUAUUAAUUUUUUAUGGGAUGUUAGUUUCAUGAAGGGAGUUUUACUAAACAAAUUUCUGCCAUCUGUUCUCUAUGUAUUCUUUUCUUGUUACAGUAAGUGAUUAAAUUUGCUGUUUCUUUUCAUAGCAAUAAAGCAAGAAAAAAGAAAGCUGUUAUAGCUGAGUCAGGUAAUGAAAUCAUUAUUUGAUUGAUAUUGAUAAUAUAGAUAAUUAUUAAAUUCAGUCCUCCUGUAAGCAGAUACCUGCUAAGACUUAAACAAGUCUCUUCUUAGGAGAGAUGUCCAUAAAAAGCAGGUAAUGCUGAGAAAAUAGCUGACAUUUCAUGACGUCACAGGUUUCCCUGCGAAAUGACAUCUGAGAAACGAGCAAACAAAUUCCAUACUGAUGACGUGUCACUACUCAGAUCUGAUUGGUUGCUGUGCUGCUGAGAGGUUGAAAAUUUGACAUUUUGCAGGCAAACCAGUGGUGGUGUGUCAAAAUUUUGGCUGUUUUCUCAGGCUACUUUGUGGGCAAGGAUUAAUUACGGCAUGUAUCCAGAGUGUUUUUAAUAAACUUGAACUUGCUAAAAGCAGGUUAGAAUAUAGUGUUUGUAAGUAAGUGGUACAGUGGCUAAGUGUCCUGAGAUUAGCACAGAAAAUUGAAACAAAAACUAUCUGUAAAGACACAUUUUACUUCCACUUUAGAUGAAGAAACAGAAGAGAAACCAAGAAAAAGAAGAAAGCGAAUGAAAGAACUUCCCAAUGAAGGUAGCAGUGAAGAUAGUAAGUCGGUUAUUGCAUUGGUCCGGUACUUGGCUAAUGCUGGCCUGAGGCUAGCUCAAUGAUGUUUUUAUUUUUACUUACAAUGAAUUCACAGUUCAGUAAAAAUGAAAAAUCCUGUGUUUACUUUGUUAUGAAUUUGUUUAUCUAGAAAAAGAGGAGAAAGUGACAAAUGCAGAAGCAAAUAAAGAGGUUUCUCCAGACCAAGAAUCCACUAAAAGUGAAAGCCCAUUACCUCAACAGCAGCAAGAACAAACCGUAGAAAAAGACGCGAGUAGGCCCGCACGGAAGCGAAAAAAAAGUGAUGAAAUCCAAAACCUUCAUGAACGAUGAAGGUUACAUGGGUAGGUUUCCUGUGUCGACUUGACUAGACGACUCUUUUGGUAAACUAUGGACUAAUAUUUUUGUGGUAAGGGAGAGAGAUUAGGAUACGAAAGGUCCAGGUUCGUUUUUAAUAGAAAUCCUCUAAAUAAGAGGUCAAAAAUUUUCCAAGUGUCUUAAAAAUGGCAGCGACCGUUUACGAAAGGAACAUCUGCCGUUAAAAGUGAAUUCGCGCUGCUUCAAUCUUCCCCGCGAUUAUUCCAACUAGGGGCCUGUUUACGUGGAGGUGGGGGACCCCAAGAAGGCGAGGGAACCCGCUUAGGUGGGGUAUCCCUCCUGUCCACAUAAUCUCUCAUUUUAAUUUGAUCAUGUUUACAUGAUAGGUGGGGUGACCUGCCGCAUGUUACCUCACCUAUCUGGGGUCCCCCACCUCCAUGUAAACAGGCCCUAACUUACUUUUUCAAGUAUAGGCGAAUUCUUCUGGAGUUCAAUUCUUAGUGAAAUUAGGCACUUUCACAUCGUAUUGUACUAAAAGCGUGAUGCACGUGCAAAGUUGUUGUUUUGCCGAUCUAAACCUAUUUCUCUUUUGACUUUCGCGUGGCCGUCACCGUCGUUGGAUCUUAAGGUUCUCUAUUUUUUUUUCUUACAGUGACUGAGAAAGUUUGGGAAAGUGAGUCUACAGAUGCGAGUGAUGAUGAACCCCAAAUAAUUAUCAAACCACCCGUGUCUUACGAGAAACGGCCAUCACCGGUCAAGAAAACCGGCGCUAAGAAGACGCACAGUGACAUGAAAGGCAAAGGAGUGAAACAAUCCUCGCUGACAAGUUUCUUCAAAAAGUCUUAA